CUUCGGCCCUGUCCGGGGCCGCUCACUUGGCUCCAGCCGGGCCCGGCCCGGCGAUGACCCCGGCGAUGACCCUGUCCAGCCGCCACCAGGUCUCAUGGCUCCCGGUCGCGCCCGUCUCGCACACCGGCACAUGGCGGCCCUGCGCACCCUCCUGCUCCUCGGGCUGCUCCUGACGGCGCGGGGGCAGAAGGCGGCGCAGAGACGGCGGCCGCCCCCUCCCCAGAGUGCACUGGAGAAGGUGGUGGCUCAGGAGGGGCUCAGCCUCCACCAGCUCUCAGGGAAGUGGUUCCUGGUCAGCAUGGCCUCCCAAUGCAGCUACCUGCUUGAGCACAGCCACCAGCUGGAGGCCACGACAGUGACAAUAACCAUCCUGGAUGGGCAGAGCCUGGCCAUCAGCACCUUCAGGAAGCUGGACAAGAUGUGCUGGGAAAUCAGGCAGCACUACCUUCCUGCCCAGGCCCCUGGACACUUCCUGCUGAAGGGCCAUAGGAAAAGCAGCAAGGUGGAUGUGGUGGUGGGUGAGGCUGACCCUAGCAACUUCAUUAUCCUUUAUUACCAGAAGGGCCGCAGCAUCUCUGUUAAGCUCUAUGGACGGACCAGCCUGGUCAGUGAUGCCAUCAUGGACAAGUUCGAGCAGCACAUCAGGGCUGUGGGUCUGAGUGAGGAUGUGACCUACUACUUCCCCACCUAUGGGUUUUGUGACUCUGCAGAUGAGUUUCACAUCCUUGAUGAAACGAAGCUGUAGGUGCGGAUGGAGUUGCCAUGGGGUCUCAGGGCUCCGCCCUCACCUCAGCCAGCUGCCCAUGUCCACGCAGAUCUGAGCCGCACUUGAGUCUGCUCCCCCUGCUGCUCCACAGUUCUGGAGCCAGCCUUGGGGUUCCUUAGCCCCUCCAGCUCUGCUGGCAGCUGCACUUGUCCUUGUCCUGUGCCCCCUAGCUUUUGUCCCCCCUCUGCUCUGUACCCCACUCUCCUGCAGCAGCCAGCAACACCCCAAUAAACACCUCAGAGAA